AGGAAAAAAGCUUUGUGGGAGGAGCAGAGCUUUAUAAAACCAGUCAUUGCCAUGUCUGAUCUCUAACACCUCUCAGAGGACUGUGUCCUGUCAUAUUGCACCUCAGAGAAUCACAAGACUGAAACAAUGGAAGAACUUUACGUGGCCAACACGAUCUUUGCCCUCAAUUUCUUCAGGCAUCUGGCAAACAUAAGCACCACGCAGAAUCUCUUCUUCUCUCCGUGGAGCAUCUCAUCCACUAUGGCCAUGGUCUACCUGGGGGCCAGGGGCAACACUGCAGCCCAGAUGGCCGAGGUGCUUCAAUUUAACAAAGUUGGAGUCCAUGAAGUCGCCCCGGUGACCCCAGAGAACAUUAUUGGUUGUAAAAUUAUGCAGCAGAUGCAGAAGGGUACUUAUCCGGAGGCUAUUUUGCAGGCACAAGCCAGAGACACGAUCCACUCGUCCUUCCGCUUCCUCAGCUCCGCCAUCAACGCAUCCACGGGACAGUACUUACUGGAAAGUGUCAAUAAGCUAUUUGGAGAGAAGUCCGCACAAUUCAAGGAAGAAUAUGUGCAACUCUCUAAGAAAUAUUACUCCACAGAACCCCAGGCAGUCAACUUCCUGGAACGUGCAGAUGAAGCCAGAAAAAACAUUAAUCUGUGGGUCAAGACUCAAACCAAAGGCAAAAUUCCAAACUUGUUACCUGAAGGUUCUGUAGAUGAGGAGACCAAGAUGGUCCUGGUGAAUGCUGUCUACUUCAAAGGAAAGUGGAAAACUCCAUUUGAGAAGAAAUUAAAUGGGCUUUAUCCUUUCCGUGUGAAUUCGACUCAGCGCAAACCUGUACAGAUGAUGUACUUGCAUGAAAAUUUGAACAUUGGAUACAUAAAAGAGCUAAAGACUCAGAUUCUAGAACUCCCAUAUGCUGGAGAUGUCAGCAUGUUCCUGCUGCUUCCAGAUGACAUUACUGAUGUAUCCACCGGCUUGGAGCUGCUGGAAAGUGAACUAACCUACGACAAAUUCAAUACGUGGAUCAGCAAACACACGAUGGCUAAAGAUGAUGUGGAGGCAUACAUACCCCAGUUCAAGCUGGAAGAGCAUUAUGAACUCAAAUCCCUUCUGAGGGGCAUGGGUAUGGAGGAUGCCUUCAGCAAGGGCCAGGCGAAUUUCUUAGAAAUGUCAGAAAGCAAUGACCUGUUUCUGUCAAAAGUGUUUCAUCAAGCCACUGUGGAGGUCAACGAGGAGGGAACUGAGGCGGCGGCUGGCACUGGGGCCGUGAUGUCGGGGAGGACUGGCCAUGGAGGGCCGCAGUUCGUGGCAGACCAUCCUUUCCUCUUCUUCAUCAUGCACAAAAUAACUAAGACCAUCCUCUUCUUUGGCAGAUUCGUCUCACCCUAAAAUUGAAAAUGUUGGUUCCUGCAUAGGAUUAUAGUAGUAGGAGCUAUAAGCUUCAGAAUUGCUGUUAAGUGCCAAAGAUUUAGGGACUUUUCCUACAGAUUUCUGUUUUUCUGAACAGUUUCUACUACACACUAAAUAUAAAUACAGAUGUAACUAGACAACUGUCAAUUAUAAUAUUACAAUCGUAUUAAUCAUUCAGUCUCAUAAAAUAUAUGAUGUCCCAUUUAGUUGUUCCUUAUUAGUUUAUUUUAUAGCAUUAACUUUUACUAUAUACUAUUUAUUAUUUUAUAUAAUGUUUUUUUAAGAUAUUGUUUCCUGUUUAAUGUAGCUGAUAUAAUUACAGAAGCAGAUGGUCAGUUAUUUUUCUAUCUAAGGAAAUGCAUUUACUUGUUCUUACAAUGAAGGAAGAGUAGGUGUCCUUCUAUGCCCUUCUAUAAUAAAUAUCUAGAAGAAAGCAUUGAAUGACAAAUAGAUGUGAUGUGCAUUUCUAGCAUUGUUUCACAGAGAUGUGUCUCUAACUUAUGUAAAAUUGCAGUUACAUAAUAAAUAAAUGUGUUUUCACACCA